AUGAAGCCUACAAAACAGUUCAAAGGACUUAUUAAUUACAAGCCUUCUAGUAGUAAUUCAAGACACGGCAGUACUAUUGAAGAUGAUUCAUCAUCCACCACUGAUGACAAAGAUAACAAACAGAGAAUUGAGUUUGUUCAUCACAAGCUCACUUCACUUUUACUUCGUUUAAAUGAUUUAGUUCUUAUCAUUGUUCCAGAAGAGUUUGAAAUAUUACAAACACUUGAUCCAAUGUUGCAUGGUAAGGUCGGAACAAUUGUUGGUUUAGGCCAUUUUGAUGAAGAUGAAUGUGAAGAUUUAGUUCAAAUUGAAAUUGAAAACAAAAAGACUAAUUCAAUUGACCAUACCAUAACUCACAAACAAUGUGAAACUGUUUCCGUUCCAAAGUUUUGUGUCUGUUUGAAGGCUGAAGUUUUUAAUGAAAGAAAAGAAAGGUACCUCUCACAGAGAAGAGCCAGAUCAUAUGAUGCUCUCUCAACCUCUUCCACCACUUCUAGUACAGUCUCAGACAUUUCUCUAACUAGCUUGCUUUCUACUACCCGUUCACUUUCUCCAGAGUGUUUCCCUUCAAAUAACUUAUCCUCACUCCUUGUUUCACCUUCCAAACAACAUACCAGCUCACCUCCAACCACUUCUAAUACCACCAACAGUUGCAGUCCAAAGUAUUCUCUAGGUCCAAAGAAGACAACUUCCAUUCUUAAUAGACAAAAGAGAUUCCACAGCAGUGCAACAGCUCCUCCUCCACUUCUUUCCUCCACUUCUACCUUUUUCCAAUCAUCAACUACUACACAAGCAGUUGGAAAUAACAAGAGACCUCUCUCCUCACCAGGCAAGACAAGUAAGAAAAGCUCCUACCAAUUUUCCUCAACUAAUAGUCAAUUUUCCUCAAAACACGACACUGAUAAUGAUGUUGAUAUGAGGGACAAUUUUCUCUCUCAAUCAGUCCCAAAGUAUAUCAACAGUUUUAUGCUUUCUGAUUUUGAAAGUAGCAACAUCUUCUCUGCUGACAUUCCAAGUGAAAAAGUCAAUAGACAAAGACGAGUCCAAGAUAUUGAAAUGACAGAAAGUUCUGAAAGAGUAUCGUAA